UAAACCCGCAACUUCAUUUUAUAAUUUCAAAAUUCUCCCGCGCAACCUUCUCCAUUUUUAUCUUCCCUCUUUCUUCUUCUCUUCUUCCCUCUCUUUCUCAUUUACCCCCAAAUUUCCUCAGAUUCAACUCCCUGAAUUUUCUCUCUCUAACUUUCUCUCUCCUCAAAGAUAAUAACCAGUAAAAAUGGCGAAGCAAGGAAAAGGAAGAAAACCCGAUACAACCACCAACAACAAUGUAGGUAAAGGGAAAGUAACUCCAGUUCAAGUCGCCUUUAUUGUCGAUCGUUACCUCGCCGAUAAUAACUACUCCAAAACCCGGUCCGCUUUUCACUCCGAAGUGUCUUCUCUUAUCUCCAAGUCAUUCCUUCAGGAGACACCCAAAAGUUUGCUGAGUUUAGGGGAAUUAUUAGAUGAGUAUAUUUGGUUGAAAGAACAGAAAGUGAUUAUUGAGCAAGAGAAAAAUGGGUUAGUUCAAGAGAAGUGUAGGAUUCAAACCCUUUUACAAGGAAUGCAAGAUUUGAUGAAUGUUUAUAAUUCUGCUGCUACUGUUAACUGUCUUACUCCUCCUCCCCCGCCUCCGCCUCCGCCGCCACCCGCUUCUGUUGCACCUAACUCAGGUUAUUCUGCUUACAGAACUCCAGUUAUGACAACGAUGUCAAUGACACAGAGUGUGAAGCUGGAUCAUACCAAUUAUUCAACACCUAUCAUUAGUUCGCGUCCUCCAAGGAAGAGAAAAACUUACAAGGAUGCCCAUGAUGUACCUCAAGCACCAAAGAAAUAUUGCACUCCUAUAACUAACAACUCAUUCUAUGACAAAGGUAGUAAUUCAGCUGCACAGCCAAGUAAUGCUGCUAAAGGUCAUGUUACUAAUCAUCAGUCUCCUCCUCUACAAUCGCUAUCCCCUAAUUUUGCUCAAGGAGGAUCGCCGAUUCAAGGGUCACAUGUAGCAAAGAACUUAUUUGAUAAGCCAUCAGGAUCUCCAACUUCAAAUUCUUCGGGUCCCAAAACACCCCCACGAGCACUCUCUUCCCAAAGCGAUAAAUCCACUUCUCCUCUUGAAGAUGUUUCUUCAACAGCAAAGUCUCAACAUGAUAGCACCCCUCCUGAGACUACACCCACUAACUGUACUAUUUACUCCUCUAAGACGAUUAUUGUUAGUCCUGCUAAACACAUUUCCAUCGAAAGGAAUCAGUGUACUUUUUCAUCGCCUGUUAAAUCAAACAAGCGGCAGGGCAAUAGAGAACAUGUCAAAGGGAGACUGGAUUUUGACAGUACUGAUAUGCCAACAAAUGUGGAAACUACCAGUGGAGAUGGAAGUAGUGCCAGCUCAGAAUCUGAAAGGGAAGUUGACAUUUUUGACAUGGAUUUGGCUAAUUUCGAUGCCUUUGGGCCGGACUUCUGUCUGACAGAGCUCCUGACUGAUUUUGGGAUUGAUUGUGGAGGUAUUGACUAUUCCUGCCCAUCAACAGCAGGUGCUUCAACUGCUGCAGUUACGGGUUUGAAUCAUGAUGGAAACAAUGAAGAAUUGGGGAGUAGCCAAGAUUUUGUAGAGCAUUCAUCAGCUGUUCGAGAAGUUUUUACAGGAGACAUGACAGGAAAUGGUUCUGAUUCCAUUACUAGAGUCAAUUCCAUGAGAAAGUGCGUAAGAAUAGUUAGUCCUACAAAAUGUUCAAGGAAUAGUUCAAGCCAUGAAACAUGAUCAAGAAACCUUAAGCACAAGAAGCUAACCAGAUUAACUUUCAGCUGAAUUCAGCUGACUAGUGUUGAGACAUAACAAUACGUCACACUUUCCUGCGAUUUUCAUCUCCUGGAGAGUUGUUGAUUUAGGUUUAGAACUAGACAACUUUGCAGUCACUUCUUGCGCGAUUGUGUUUUUGUUUCUAAACAGUGAAGUUCACUGUAAAGUUAGGAACUUAGGAUCAAUAUUUGUUAUUCAAUCUUAAUGCAGUGAUGCAAUCCCUGUCUAUUUACAGAAUCUUCCUCUGCAAUAGUUUAUUUACCAUUAAAUUCAUUGAAUCUCUAUUGGAUGGUUACUGAAAUGUGACUUAUAUUAAUUCUUAACAAGAAUGAGAAAUGCUUACUGUCAGAAGAAAAGAAUGAGAAAUGGUCAUUGUAAUUUCUUGUU